GUCCUGUAUUUAGCCAUAGCGUUCUCAGCCUCAGCCAGCCCAGAACUUGGGUAGGAUCUAAGUGUGUUGGUUCGAAGGUUUGAAUGUGCAUAUUCUUCGGUUUGAUAUUGUGUGCUGGAGCAAUUCGUGAAUUACCCCCCUGCUAAGAACUAUCGGAGAACAUGACACGACAUAUACUGUCCCGCAGUGUCCCUUGUAGAUAAAGACCGGCCCCUUCCUCGAGGGCUGAUAUCUAUAUGUCUGUCUGACGCUUGGCUCAUAGACAUAUAGACAUUGAAACUUUUACUACGGCUCAUCAUGGAAACUUCUCGAUAGUCUGAUACGACUAAAUCCGAAAGCAGUCACUUCAUAUAUCUAGAUCCUCUUUUUCCAGGGGAAGUCGGACAACUUGGCUUCUACUUCAUCGGUUGGCUCACUCGUUAUUCUCUCUUUGAACCUCGGCUACCAAGGCCAUAGUCCUUGGGCACGAUGGGUUCGUACAUUUCUAUUGCCGAGUGUCAGGCACGUUACAACGUCACGUUGAACUGCACUGUCGUUGGCAAAAAUGUCACCGUUGACGGGGAAAACGUGACGGAUAGACCAUUUACCAGGAUUGGCGACUAUGGCAAAGGCGAGUUCCCCGGCGAUCCGGAUAUUGCUGGCAUAGGAAUCCUUGGAGUCUUCGUCGCGGUCACUUCAUUCGCAAUAGCCACCGGUAUAGUAUCGGUUACAUGGCAGCUCCUAAAGACUUAUCAUUACAAAACCACUUACACCGACAAAGAGAAGGCAGCGAGACAACCUCGAACUAGCUUCUCCGAAAUUCUGGAAACGCUCAUUCUUGCCUGUAGCGACCAACAGGUGUUUACAGGAGCGGCGUACGCUCUCACGCUCCGGUACUGGAGAGGCUGCACCAUCUCGGCCUAUCACUACAACAUCGUCGCAAAUAUGAUGUUGCUUACUUGUGCUACGCAUCUUAUAUCGGUUACCAUCGUUCGAAAUUACUGGAAAUUCCGGUGGCUAGCCCUCCUUCGUGUCAUUGCCAUCACAGGCGUUUUUACAGUGACUGGUUUACUCAUGGCUAACCAAAACGCGAACACGGACAUAACGUUUCCUACGGGCAUUCCAAACGCGAACGAGACAGAUAGUGACCUACUCCUUGCGGCUGCCUGCUUUCAGACCAACGAGCAUACAGUGUCGGAUACAUUUAAAGAGACGACGUCGAGCGCUAAGACCUUCUUCAUUGACAACCUUGCGCAGUCGACGCCGCACAACAAGAUUCAAGGCUGGAAUUUGUACAUCAUCACGAUGCUAUUCUACGGGGUCGCUAUUAUCGCCGAGAUCAUUAAAUUUUUCCGACGUGGAAGAAGUAAGCCUGGGAUGAGGGCUGUUAUCGCUAAGCCAUUCCGACGAUGCUGCGCUCUCGGAACGCCUCUGAGGAAGUUUUCGCAGCAUAUAUUCCUGUUCUACCUCGUACUUGGCCUGGGCCUUGGCUGUGCCACUACCAUCAUCUCGACCAGUUAUAUAUUUAGGCUUCGGUCAUGGGUGAAUAACUCGGGAUGGAUCCAGAUAGAAAAUAACAUAAACCCGGAAAACGACGCGAAGAGUUUCGGCCAACUGGUUCCCAUAUUCUCAAGCGCGUUGAUCGUCUUCAGUUUUGCUCAGAUGAUAAGUGAGAAACUCACGGAGCAUAACAAGCGCAAGCAUGAGAACGAACACCCGUCGUCGCAGGCUGGCACUAUUCAAUACUUCGGCCCUUCUAGUUACGACCCAAUACCACCGUACCUUCCAGAAAAGGGAGGGACCAAGGAAAAAGGAGGGUGGCGAUAUUUCAAGACGACGGGGAUAAGUAGUACCACCAGUUUGCCUCCGCGAGCCGACCUAGAGAACCAAAUGGGGCGGGAUCGCGACAUGAACUCGGGUAAUCAUCAAGUGGCCAUCCCGCUGCUUAGCGAUAAUAAUUAUUUUUCGACUGUGCCGACGUACGGCAUACGGGAUCCUAGAUAUCCUAGAGAGCCUAGGCAUAGUUCGAGUCGUGAAUACUCCCCGCUACGGCACGAUACGACGCCACCACCAUCGCUGCCGUUCGCGGUGCGACCGCAUAGCCACGCUCGGGGUGUGAGCUCGACCUCGUCCCGCGGCUCUUAUUCGCCCCAGUCUCGCAGCUUAAUGGGGAGUCCGAAUGGCUCCCAGCAGUCAAUACCGAGAUCGGGGGACACGAGUAGAUUCUCAACCCGGCCGUCUCAUUGAAGAAGGGGAUGAGAACUGUUACGAUUUUGUAUGAAUGAUCUGGUUUGAUAAAGGUGGUGGAAUACCCUAGUACUUGUGUAUGUGU